GGAUAGCAACUACAACAAUCAUUGUAGAAGCCAGCAUCCAACACCCAAGACAGCGACCAAAACCACGGUAUCUGCAUUCGAUUGAAACGUCUACCGCAGCGACAGCAUCUUGAAGCACAAAACCCUUGCAUCAUGACGAUCGAGCAGGCAGAAACAGCACAAGACGAGCUGUCGGCCUGGAGGAAACGACGCGCGGAGCGACAACGAAAGAGGCAACAAGACCAGGCCGAUAACGAGGACGACUUUGCUGCGCUCGCUCGCAACCUAGAGGGCGACCAUAACGAAUCGGGGAGGAAAGAAACCGCUGGAGAUGACGACGACGAUGACGAUGACGUUCCCUAUGUGCCACUGGCAAAGCGGAAGAAACUGGAGAAGGAAGCCCUGAUUGGAGGCAUGACCCACAGAAGACGGCACCUCGGGUUGGACGAUGCCGAUUCCUCGGGACUCGGCGAUGACGGUGGYAAAUCGUCGACAACCGGGGCGGAAGGCGGCGGCAAAACGAAAACGAACGACGGCACCAGCAACGGCGACGGCGACGAGGAAACCCCGAAGGCCGCCGAUCCGCAAAAGGUCGAGUCCCUCCUCGACUCGGCCACGGCCCUCCACGAUGCCCUCACCGAGGAAGAGCGAGCCGAAAAGCUGCGCAAGGAGGAGGAGGCCAGAAUYAUGAAGGAGGCCUCCAAGGUGCAGACCAACGCGCUGCAGGCKGCCUCCGAGCUCGCCAAGGGGAUCGAAUACAAAGAGUCCAUGCCGUCGACCUGGACCUGCCCGCGGUACAUUUUGAACCAGGGCGAAGAUGCCUGGGAAAAGAUUCGAAAAGAAUGGCACAUGGAGUGCGAGGGCGUSGACAUUCCCCCGCCGUGCAAGCGGUUCGUGGACAUGAAGUUCGCCCCGCCGAUUCUGGAGGUUCUCAAGCGGAAGGGAAUCAAAAAACCAACGCCCAUUCAGAUGCAGGGACUCACUGUGGUACGUAGGAAUCGUUUCGGGUCUUUGUGAAUCUGUGUGUUUSGUSGGUUGCUGAUUKGGUUGUGGGGUUGRGGACAUAAAUAUUUAGGGGCUGCACGUACUCAUUGCGUGUCCCUUUCCCAUUUGGACGGUGCGAUGCGAUACUCAUCUCUUUUUCUUGUUUUUCGUUCAUGUUCCUCUCCAACGAAAUUCCUGUUCCGUUCCUUUCAGGCACUUGCAGGCCGUGAUUUGAUUGGGAUCGCCUUUACCGGAUCGGGAAAGACGCUCACCUUUGGGUUGCCUUUGGUCACGGUGGCACUGGAAGAAGAACUGCGGAUGCCACUCGCUCCMGGCGAGGGGCCCGUCGGGAUCAUCCUUGCGCCCUCUCGAGAAUUGGUCCGGCAGACCUACGAGGUAGUGAUGGAAUUCUGCGACGAGAUUUCGAAAACACCGGGGUAUCCAGAKAUUCGAACGCAGCUGGUCAUCGGGGGAGAAUCGGUGAAGGACCAAUUGAUGACGCUGCAGGCGCAGGGAAUCCAUUGCGUGAUCGCUACGCCGGGCAGACUGAGGGAYAUACUGAAGCGAAAGGCGAUGAAACUMGACAACUGCCGUUACAUUGCACUGGACGAGGCCGAUCGGUUGCUGGAUCUCGGCUUUGACGAGGAACUGGCAGAGAUCAUGAACAGCUUCGGCCACCAGCGGCAAAAUCUUUUGUUCUCGGUACGUUCGUCGGUUCGUUCGUUYGUUCGUUYGUUUGUCCWGURGAUUCGAUACGAYACGGCUUGGUGCACGUUGUGUUUUGAUCACUGCCCGUUUGAUUGCAUCUCACCAUCGACCRUKRAAUUGUAUUCAAACACAGGCUACAUUUCCGAAAAAGUUCCAGGUACGAUACAAACUGUACCGUCUCCAUCAAAACAAUUGGGGAUUUCACACGACUUAAYAUUGUUUCGUAUCUGGUGUUGACCAUUGUGGAUCUCGUUUCAUUUUCUUUAAUUUUCUCACCUUUGAACUUUUYUGCUUCCAGGAUUUUGCACGAGAUACCUUAAUCAAACCAAUUAUUGUCAAUGUCGKGCGUGCGGGAGCGGCCAACCUUGAUGUAAUCCAAGAGGUAGAAUAUGUCAAGGACGAUGUAAAAAUACCGUAUCUAUUGCAAUGUUUACAGAAGACUGCUCCUCCUGCGAUCAUCUUUUGCGAGCGAAAAGGAGACGUAGGUGCGUUCUUUGUGUUCCAAAAUGGAAUAGCGUGCAAUAUGUGUUUUCUAUGCCGUGCCUCGCAUCUGGCGUUUUSUUCCCCCAUUCUCAUCUUUUUCAAUGUUUUGGAYGCAACUAUUUUGUUCCWAUGGUUGAUUGUCGCCACCCCACACACAGACGAUAUCCACGAGUACCUUUUGCUCAAGGGCGUCGACGCCGCCAGCAUACACGGUGGCAAGGAGCAAGAAGAACGGAACGAGGCUAUCAAAGACUUYAAGGCGGGAUCCAAGGACGUGUUGGUAGCGACCGACGUCGCCGCGAAGGGUCUCGAUUUCCCCCAGAGCAUCCAGCACGUCAUCAACUUCGACAUGCCCAGCGAAAUCGAAAACUACGUCCACCGAAUCGGCCGAACCGGCCGCUGUGGCAAAACGGGGGUUGCGACCACGUUCAUCAACAAGAGUUGCGAGGAGACGACGCUCUUGGAUCUCAAGCACCUGCUCAAGGAAGCACGCCAGCGAAUUCCGCCGGUUCUGAUGAUGCUGGACGAUCCGAGAGAUCGAAACGGCGGUGCGGGGUGUUCGUACUGCGGAGGUUUGGGCCACACGGUGGUGGACUGUCCCAAGAUCGACAAAAACGCGAGGCAGAUGGCCAGCGGUCGAAAGGAUGCCCUGGCAACCGGCGACUACGGCGGGGAUUGGUAGCAACACCUCGAUUGCGACGUUAUCGCAAGCUGCUGGGCUAGGGAAAGUAAGGGCUCAUAGUUUGUCCCCUGCACAUCUUGUCC